UUGCAGUAUUUGCUUGGCUGUUCCUGUCUUUGAUAUUUGAGUUAUCAUCUCUUUAUUAAAUUCAUUUAAGCUUUAAAUUCUUAGUUAAACUGUGAUUUAACUUUAUAAGUUAAUUUUCGUCUUAUUCAUACAUUGUUUAAGCAUGUAUUACUUUGAUCCACGUGUGUUGAAAAUUUAAGAUAGUGAAACGGUUUAACCGAGAAAAUGAGAAUUAUUUAUAAAAGAAGAUAUAGAAAAAAUUGUUGGAACAAUGGAUAAAUUUUGAACGGUGUUUUAUCAAUAAAAUCUUUCUAAUUAACCAAAAACUAAAUUUUAUAUUAAAGUGAAUAAUUAAUUUAAAAGUCCACAAUUAAAAAGAUUUAAAAAAUUCGAAAUUUUGGUAGAAAAUGUUGGGACAUUAAAACAUACUUCAUGGCAUUAUGUGCUUAAGAAGAAGAAGACAAUCAUUUCUACGUUCUCCAAAAUAUCAGAGACGAUAUUAAUUUGGAAGAAUUAAUUAAUUAAUCUGAAAAAAUUAAUCAAAUUAAUUGCAGUUGAAUUUGAACAAAAAAUGGGGAGUGUUUUUUACUAUAGUCGCAGUCCAAAGUAUUGUACAAAUGAGUAAUGAAUUUAUCGAUAUCGGUAUCAAACGCUGUUGAUAUUUGAACAGCAGAAAGGAUUAAAGUGUAAAAUGUAUGGUGUUAUGAUAGAAGAGAACGAAUGACAUAAUAUGUAUUUGUAAUUCGUAUUAAUUACUGCAAAAAUUAAGGGUGCACACAUUUUACACAUGACGAACGAAAUUUUUGCACACUUCUACAUCCGUAUACUGAUGAUAUAAUUGUAUGAGUUACAAAAUCAUUAAUUUGAGAAAGCUUUGGAUAAAACGAUAACGCUAAAACUUUGGAUGUUCAAUGGUCAUUCUUUAUCUGUGCUUGCACUUUUCUUCUUCAUCAUCUUGGUACCAUCUCAGUUUUAAGUAUUUGACUUGUUAUAUUUUUGUAGAAAUUAGUUAUGAUAAAACUUUGUUUUAAGAGGUUCCGAUCGUACGUGAAUUCUGAUUUCAGGGAAAUGUAGAAAAUAAAAGAAGACAUUUCAUUUACUAAAAUAAUUUUUAUUAUCAAGAAUUUCUAAGAAUAUUGAGAUACAUUAUGGAAAAUGGAAUAAAAAUGAUUAGUUCUACGGAACUGCCUAAUUCGCGGGCAAAUAUUUCGAAUGAGGAGGAAUUACCGAUUGAUAUGCGUUUCAACGAAGGCCACAUUGUUAGUAUUGUCUUUUACAGUGUGUUAAUGAUAAUAUCUGCAAUCGGAAACACGACGGUGUUAGUAUUAAUUAUGUAUUGCAAAUGUAUAUCCAAAUCGAGGAUACACAUUAUGUUAAUGCAUCUUGCGAUCGCUGAUCUACUUGUAACUUUUUUAAUGAUGCCACUCGAAAUCGGUUGGGCGGUCACAGUCUCCUGGAAAGCAGGAGACGCGAUGUGCCGAAUAAUGGCUUUUUUUAGGAUGUUCGGUCUGUACUUAUCAUCUUUCAUUCUGGUAUGCAUAAGUAUUGACAGAUAUUAUGCAAUAAUAAGACCAUUGAAUUUGUGGGAUGUUAAUAGAAGAGGAAAAAUUAUGUUAUGCAUCGCUUGGAUGGGAUCUGUCGUGUGUUCAAUGCCUCAGAUGCUAGUAUUUCACCUGGAAACUCAUCCAAAUAUCACAUGGUAUUCACAGUGUGUCACGUUUAAUGCAUUUCCAACAUAUACUCACGAAAUAACUUAUUCUCUCUUUGGAAUGAUCAUGAUGUAUUGGUUUCCCCUUGUCGUAAUAAUAUACACCUACGUGAACAUUUUACUGGAAAUAUGCAGAAGAUCGAAAAAGAGCGAAGAUAAAAUUCGUCGUUCUUCUAUGGCUUUUCUUACACGAGCGAAAAUACGAACUUUAAAGAUGACGGUUAUCAUUGUUGCUGUAUUCUUUAUUUGCUGGACACCAUAUUACGUAAUGAGUCUUUGGUAUUGGAUUGAUCGAAAUUCAGCAUAUAAAGUCGAUCAACGAAUCCAGAAAGGUCUCUUUCUAUUCGCAUGCACAAAUUCCUGCAUGAAUCCUAUUGUUUAUGGUGCAUUUAAUAUUAGAAAUCGUAAUAAGACAUCUGUAAGACUAACUACUAUAGAAACUCGAGUCACUCCAUUGUCACUGUCACUCAAGCUUCUUGAUUAACGUUUACUUUUCUGUAAGAGAUGUUAAUUAGAAUUGUAAGUUAAGUCUAGUCCUCAA